ACGUCACUCUGCACCUUUCAAAGACGGAACGCAACUGGUCAGCCAUUGCAUCCACAUGCAUGCGCUGGUCGAUUUCUUGGGUCUCUUCGUCGGUGUCGAACUUUCUUUUCUUCUUUUCCUCCGGCGGCGAAGGGAGCUUGAACUUAGGCGGCCCACCGCCGUCACGGUGCAGGACGCUUCGCUUCUAUCUGUCGCAGCCCUUGAUGGAGAUCUCCUACGCAACGUCAAGCAUCGUCGAUGCUGUUUCGGAUGCCUCUGGAGAACGGCCGGUGAAGGUAUUGCCGCUGUUACAUCCAUCGUUGUCGUCCUUUCGGCGGCCGUCGGCACCUUUCCUCAGCCGGUGGGUUUCAAGGCUCCGGGAGAUGUCGUCGUUGGAAUGGAUGGAGCUCUUUCUUCCCUGCACUCGGUGGAUUCGGACCUAUAACUGGAGGGAGUUUCUCCAGGCCGAUCUUAUGGCAGGGGUCACCGUCGGAAUCAUGCUUGUUCCUCAGGCAAUGUCAUAUGCGAAGUUAGCAGGGCUUCAUCCAAUUUAUGGACUUUAUUCUAGCUUUGUUCCAAUCUUUGUCUAUUCAAUAUUUGGUUCAUCACGACAACUUGCGAUUGGUCCGGUGGCUUUAGUGUCACUUUUGGUCUCCAAUGUCCUGAGCAAAAUAGUAGAUUCUUCUGACAAGCUAUACACAGAACUUGCAAUCCUAUUGGCCUUCAUGGUUGGUGUGCUGGAAUGUCUCAUGGGAUUAUUUAGGCUUGGAUGGCUGAUUCGUUUUAUCAGCCAUUCUGUAAUAUCUGGCUUCACUACUGCCUCAGCCAUUGUGAUUGCACUAUCUCAAGCCAAGUACUUCUUAGGGUACAACAUAGAAAGAAGCAGCAAAAUUGUUCCUCUUAUUCGCAGCAUAAUUGCUGGAGCUAGUGAUUUCAAAUGGCCUCCUUUUGUCAUGGGAUCUUUCAUUCUUGGCAUCCUUCUUUUGAUGAAGGAGUUGGGAAAAACAAAGAAGAAUUUAAGGAUGCUUAGAGCGGCUGGCCCUUUAACAGCAGUCUUACUGGGGACAUCUUUUGUGAAAAUCUUUCAUCCAUCUUCAAUUUCGUUGGUUGGUGAUGUACCCCAGGGACUGCCAAAAUUUUCUGUUCCAAGAGAAUUCCAGCAUGCAAAAUCUUUAAUCUCAACAGCAGUUCUCAUUACCGGUGUGGCCAUCAUGGAAUCUGUGGGAAUUGCUAAAGCACUAGCAGCAAAGCAUGGCUAUGAAUUGGACUCAAAUCAAGAACUAUUUGGUCUAGGUGUGGCAAACAUUUGUGGCUCAUUUUUCUAUUCGUACCCGACAACUGGUUCGUUUUCUAGAUCAGCUGUAAAUCAUGAGAGUGGGGCUAAAACUGGAUUAUCUGGAAUUACAAUGGGAAUUAUUAUGGGAUGUGCUCUAUUGUUUAUGACUCCUUUGUUUAGAGAUAUACCUCAGAUUUGCAUGAAUCUGUUUCAGUGCGUGCUGGCUGCAAUUGUGGUAUCUGCUGUGAUGGGCCUGGUGGAGCAUAAAGAAGCCUUUUUCUUGUGGCGUGUGGAUAAGAGAGACUUCUUUCUAUGGAUUGUCACUUGCUUCACUACUUUAAUGUUCGGUAUUGAGAUCGGAGUCCUUGUUGGAGUGGCCUUCUCUCUUGCAUUUGUCAUCCAUGAGUCGGCAAAUCCACAUGUGGCUGUAUUAGGGCGACUUCCUGGAACAACAGUUUACAGAAAUAUUUUGCAGUAUCCUGAAGCAUAUACAUAUAAUGGUAUAGUGGUCGUCCGAGUAGAUGCACCCAUCUAUUUUGCAAACACAAGUUAUAUCAAGGAAAGGCUGCGUGAGUAUGAAGUUGAUAUAUCGGGAAGCAUCAAGAGAGGCCCGGAUGUUGAAAGAAUUCAUUUUGUCAUCAUUGAGAUGUCACCUGUUACAUAUGUAGAUUCAAGCGCCAUUCAAGCGCUCAAGGAGUUACAUCAAGAGUACAAAUCACGUGGCAUCCAGAUUAUAAUAGCUAACCCUAACAGAGAAGUUCACCUCUCUCUUUUCAAAUCUGGUCUUCUUGACAUUCUUGGUAAAGAAUGGUGCUUUGUGAGAGUUCAUGAUGCUGUACAAGUCUGUCUUCAACGUGUGCAAAAGCUGCAUGGAUUGGUGCGUAAUAACUCAGACCAAACACCCAGGAAGCAAUUAAGUUUUCUGCAGAGUCUUUGGAAGCAAGGGGAGGAAGCCAACUCUUACACUGAGCCACUAUUGUCUGAGAAGGACGUUUGAUUGCCAUUUCAUUGGCUAAAUUUGCGACAAAUCUCUGCGCACAAUUUUGUUGUUGCCGGAGCAUUGUACAAUACGGGCAUUAUUGAUGGUAGGGAAUAAUAAUUCUUCUGCAAAUAAUUGUUCUGCACGUUGUCGGGCCUGUCGGCAACAGAUCUGUUUGUUGCUUGUAGAUGUGAAAUUCCUGUGUGGAUAUAUCAGCCGAUUUGUUCAAUUAUUCAUGGAUUGAUUUGUUGUAAUAUGUUGAUGAUAAAUUCAGAUGGCAACAAAAUGUCCCUCAUAAGACUAUUUAUUCUACCGUAAAUAUUGUACUGAGUUUCCUCACAUGAUAAUAAUGAAUAAUAGUUGCA